CAAAGAGAAUCUGCCAAUCCCACCACAUCUUCCACCAAAUUUAGCCAAAUUAAAGCCAUCACUUUCAAUCUCCAAAAGAAAUAUCCAUCAAAAAUCACCCAUCCCACUAAUGUAAAUCAUCUUUCCUCAAAGCCGAACCCUCCUCGCAGUUUUACAAAGUUGCAUCCAUUACCAUCAUGGUAGGGUUUCUUUUUAAUUCGGUAGGAAUCAAGCAAAUAUCUUUGUGUUUUUCAUUCUUAACUAGGGUUGGAUCGUGGAUGGAUAAUAUAAUAACCCCCUUUUGGUUCUUGUUGUUGGGUGUUUUUUAUACACCAAUUCAAAUGGGAUGCACUCCACGUGUUUGAUGAAAGUCCCCAAUGACGAUUAUGAGUUGAGAAACUGGAAACAUGGCUCAUCAGAAUAUUCAAAAUCAAGAUUUGAACUUGGUCUUGUCCAGUGAUGCUAAGCCUAGACUCAAAUGGACUCCUGAGCUUCAUCAACGAUUCGUCGAUUCCGUCACUCAACUUGGAGGCCCAGAGAAAGCAACACCAAAAUCUUUGAUGAGAGUAAUGGGCAUUCAUGGGCUUACUUUGUACCACCUAAAGAGUCAUUUGCAGAAAUAUAGGUUGGGGAAGAUUCAGCAGUCACCAGCCUGCAGUGGAAAUAUGCAAGAAGAGUUUGCGGAUGAUCAUAGAAGUGAUAUAACCAGUAUCGAUCACAACGAUGAAACCCCAAAUCAGAUUAAUGAAAGCUUGAAGAUUGCUCAGGCUCUACAGAUGCAAAUGGAGGUGCAGAGGAAACUUCAUGAACAAAUAGAGGUACAAAGACAUUUGCAGCUGAGAAUUGAAGCUCAAGGCAAGUAUCUCCAAUCGGUAUUAAGAAAAGCACAAGACACACUUGCGGGAUACAAUUCGUCUGCUAUAGAAGUGGAAGCAGCAAAAGCCGAGCUUUCUCAUUUAGUUUCGAUGGUGGACAAUGGGUGUCCGAAUUCUUUAUCGGUACUUACGGAACUAGACGAUUCAACCUUAAAGAAAGAGGUCGAAAAGAACCCGAAAGCAUUGACAAUUGGAUCAUCGUUAGAAAGCUCGUUGACUUCAUCAGAGAGUUCUGGAAGACGGGAAAAUGAUGAUCAUGUUGUUCUGUCAUUGAUGGAGAUGAAUCCCCCUGCUAAAAAUGGAAGGAAGAGAAGUGGGAGCACAAUUUCAGAUGGGAAUUGUGAAGGUAAAAGAUUGCAGAAAGAUAGCAAGAGGUUUGAUUUGAAUAGUCAAUAUGUGAAUGACUUUGACUUUGACUUUGAGUCAAGGUCAAACACAUUGGACUUGAACUCCAACUGAAAUUAGGCUUCAAUAGGGGAACUUUUGGUGGUCUUUUGUGACAUUGGUGAUGGAUGAAAGGUUUAUGCUAUAUAUGUAUGUCAUUUAGAAA